AUGAACUUUCCCUGGUUGAAUAAAACGGACGAAGAUAGCAGAGAUCCAGAAGGUGUGAAGAGAAGCGAUGUGGAUAUGCAUAGCUGUGGAGACGAGGACGAACGUUACAGAUGUGCGUGUUCCGACUGUUCAGUCGCUUGUCCCGAAUUAGAACCUGUGAGAGACGGUGGCAAAGGUCGACUGGCUGUAAGCAGAUGUACGCUGUUUGGCGGAAGGGUGUUGUGUUUCUCGUUGGCUGUGUGGGUGGUUUAUGUGAUUUUACUGAGUUUCCUGUUGAUGGGUCUGUGGGGGUAUAGAUUAGUUCGAGGACGAGUUGUUAAGGCUAAUGAGUCGUUGAGCCUGCUCUAUGAUGACGGUGAAAUUGAUUCAGAAGAUGAGUAUGAAGACGAUUUUUACCAACGACCAGCAUUUCUCAGACGUCACAGUAUAGGAACGAGGAGGACGAGUGAUGGAUUGGAGGAAGACGAUGAUUAUGACGACGAUGACGAUGACGCCAAUGAUAAUAGAAGAGUAGCAAAUGUCAUUUAUAACCCCCGUCACCACCACAGCACCGCUCCAUACAAAUUAAACACAGUGCUACAAGACGGGUUUUCACGGCUGGGGUUGAUAUGUGCUAGCUUUCCAGCCGUAGUGAUAUCGUUUUCCUUGUUGGUGGUGGUCAUACUGUCGUUUGGGUUGAUCCGGUUCCAACUGGAGAUAGAUCCUGUCAAGUUAUGGGUCAGUCCGACCUCUUUAGAGUACUCUGAGAAACAGCAUUUUGACAGUAAUUUCGGGCCGUUUUACCGUGCACAACAAAUGUAUCUUGUCAAUGAUACCGGUCCUGUGCUAUCCGACUAUGGUACAUUACAAUGGUGGUUCAGUGUGGAAGAACGGAUUGGCCGGCUGCGCAGUAGCCAUUAUGGAGUUUCUUAUAACGAUCUUUGUUUGAAGCCACUAGGAGAUGCUUGUGUGAUUCAGUCAGUGACACAGUAUUUCGGUGGAGAUAUCAAUGCGGUACCGGAAAACUGGCAAGACAAGCUUCAGUCGUGUGCUGAUUCUCCUGUUAGCUGCCUGCCGCCGUUUCAACAGCCACUGAAAAAGGAAAUGGUCUUUGGUGGGUAUAUUGGCGACGAUGUAAUUACGUCUAAAGCAUUGGUAAUUUCGUUGGUGGUAGAGAAUUCGGAUGAUCCGGAAAAGUUGGCAGUGGCCCAGGAGUGGGAAGAGUUGUUAGAAAUGUUUUUGUUUUCCGUUCAAAAAGAAGCAGCAUACCGAGGUCUGAGAUUGUCUUUUAAUGUAGAGAUAUCUCUAGAAAAAGAGCUCAACAAAUCAAGUAACACAGAUGUGAGAAUCGUUGUGUUAUCAUAUGUGUUUAUGUUUUUAUAUGCAUCGCUGGCACUUGGUAGCGUGACCCCUCAGUUGAGUCGUAGAUACCUCGUCAAGUCGAAAUUUUCACUUGGUCUGUUUGGAAUCUUUGUUGUUCUCCUGUCGGUAAUUUCGUCAGUAGGUCUUUUUUCAUAUUUUGGAAUCAAAUGUACCCUUAUUAUCGCCGAAGUUAUUCCAUUUCUUAUCCUAGCAGUUGGUGUGGAUAAUAUAUUCCUGCUGACACAUGGCUUGGAAACUGUGAAUUUGACCCAUCCGAACCUGUCCAUUGAGGAACGACUUGCUCUGGCACUUGGUCAUGUUGGGCCUAGCAUUCUGCUGUCGACUUUAUGUGAAGUUUCGGCGUUUGCUCUUGGUGCGUCAGUGGCCAUGCCAGCAGUACGAAACUUUGCCAUCUAUUCAGCAGGAGCAGUGUUCUUCAACUCGCUUCUACAAAUGACAAUGUUUAUGUCGGCACUAUCACUAGAUCAAAGGCGGUCAGAAGAUGAUCGAGCUGAUUGUUUUCCAUGCAUUCGCAUUCCACGCAUUUCGGGAAUCUCGCGACCCUCGUUUUCUUCUUUCACAGCUCGAGUACUGAGCUCACCAAGUAUAUUCGAUGGACAGCCAGGACCUCUACCAUCAGGAAACCAUGGAGGAACAAAUGUGUUUUCUGAUAUUAUUAGGAAAAAGUAUGCUCCAUACAUACUAUCUCCCCAGGUUAAACCUAUUGUUAUUGCCAUAUUCACAGGAUGGCUGGCCAUUUCUCUGUCGUUACUGCCUCAUAUUGAGCUAGGACUUGAUCAGAGACUAGCUGUCCCAUCUGAUUCGUAUUUGGUUGACUAUUUCAAUGAUCUGUACGACUAUUUCGGAUCCGGGCCUCCUGUUUACUUUGUUACACAUGACUUCAAAGUUACUGACAGAUCCUCUCAACAAGCUCUAUGCGGAAGAUUCUCGACAUGCAAAGAAUUCUCGCUCAUGAAUAUUCUUGAACAAGAACGAAAACGUCCUGCUGUGUCAUAUAUCAACGACCCCGCUGCCAGUUGGAUCGAUGAUUUCCUACAGUGGCUUAACCCGGACUUGGACGACUGUUGUCGGUUUAAAAAGGGCACUAAUGAAACCGAAGUAUGUGCUCCCCAUGCAUCUCCUCGCACUUGUGAGGUGUGUUAUCUGGACAAAAAAUGGGAUAUAACCAUGGGUGGUCUACCUAAUGGAGACGAAGAGUUUCUCAAAUACUUCAACAUUUGGAUUGAAGCGCCUUCCGAUCCAUGUCCUCUCGGCGGUAAAGCUCCAUAUAGCCAUAGUGUGGUUGUUGACGAUGACAGUUCCAGCAUUUCUACAUCCAACUUUCGAACUGCUCACACUCCACUACGGUCGCAGUCAGAUUUCAUCAAUGCAUACGCUUCGGCGAGACGAAUCGCCCAAUCAAUCGAAGACCAUACUGGAGUUCCUACCUAUCCGUACUCUACUUUCUACAUCUUCUUUGCCCAGUACUCAACAAUUAUCUAUGAUACUUUCCGACUACUGUCGGUGGCCCUAUUUAUUACUUUUAUCCUUUCUACAAUCCUGUUAGGUUCUAUAAGGACGGCAUUUUCUGUUUGCAUUGUGGUUGCCUGUAUAGUGACAAAUAUCGGUGGUAUCAUGGCAUUGUGGGAUAUCUCGCUCAAUGCAGUGUCUCUGGUCAAUUUAGUUAUUUGUGUUGGUAUUGGAAUCGAGUUUUGCAUUCAUGUUGCUCGAGCUUAUACAUUCACACCUCGUAUGGACAUUGCAGGCUACACGGCCGUUUCGAAGGAAAUGCGGGCUUUUAACGCUCUCACUGGUGUUGGUGGAUCUGUAUUUGGAGGAAUUGCCUUGACAAAACUUAUCGGUGUCUGUGUAUUGGCAUUCACGCGAUCCAAGAUUUUUGAAGUUUAUUAUUUCCGAAUGUGGACUGCUCUUGUUCUCGUAGCCUCUACACACAGUCUAGUGUUCUUACCAGUCGUGCUCACGUAUAUUGGAGGUCGUGGGUACUUAAUAGACGGAGGUGAUGAGGGCGUACCUGGAGAUCUGGCCUCUAGACUUUACGGUUCUGAAGAAAACUACGGUACCGAACCUGAAGAGGACUUCCUUGAUUAA